CCAGGCUUGUUCUCCAGAUCCUGCAAGAUCACAGACAUGAGGCGCAUCCUCCCUGCCCUGCUGUUUCUUGCGAUCUUUGGACUAUGUCAGCCUCUCUCUGAGAAAACUGUUCGAUGGUGUGCCAUAUCACAAUCUGAGGCACAAAAAUGCUCCAAGUUACAGAAGAUGAUGGUAAAAGUGUCUGGCAACCCUAUCAGUUGUGUCAAGAGAGCCUCCUCCCUUCGAUGUAUCCAGGCCAUUGCGGCUGAGAAAGCUGACGCUAUGACUCUUGAUAGCAGUUUACUGUUUGAUGCAGGACUGGCUCCCUACAAGCUGCGACCAGUAGCAGCUGAAGUUUAUGGGACCAAAGAUAAACCGCAAACCCACUAUUAUGCUGUGGCUGUUGUGAGGAACAGCAGUAACUUUAAUCUGAGUCAAUUACGAGGCCUGAAGACAUGCCACACAGGCAUUGGCAAGAGUGCUGGAUGGACUGUCCCAAUAGGGACACUUCGUCCAUUACUGGACUGGGCAGGACCACCUGCUCCUGUUGAGGAAGCUGUAUCCAAGUUCUUCUCAAAAAGCUGUGUUCCUGGUGCUGACAAAAAACGCUUUCCCAACCUGUGUAGUCUGUGUGCGGGGAAAGGAGCAAACAAAUGUGUCUCCUCUUCCAAGGAACCUUACUCUGGCUACUCAGGUGCCUUCAAGUGUCUGAGGGACAAUGCUGGAGAUGUGGCUUUUACCAGGGAGAGUACAAUAUUUGAGAAUCUACCAGAUAAGGCUGAAAGGGAUCAGUAUAAGCUUCUCUGCCCAGACAACACCUGGAAGCCCGUGGACAAAUACAAGGAGUGCCACCUUGCCCAAGUCCCUUCUCAUGCUGUUGUGGCCCGAAGCGUAAACGGCAGGGAGGAUGACAUCUGGGCGGUCCUCAGCCAGGCACAGGAAAAGUUCGGAGAAAACAAAUCGUCAGAAUUCAAGCUCUUUGGCCCGUAUGCUGGGAAGAAGGAUCUGCUAUUCAAGGAUUCUGCCAUUGGUUUUGAAAGGAUUCCCUCGAAAAUAGACUACAGGCUCUAUCUGGGCUUCAACUACUUCCAUUCCAUCCAGAACCUGAAGCAGAAGAAGCAGGACUCGGAAGCCAGACGUACCCAGAUCGUGUGGUGUGCGGUGGGGAAUGAGGAGCAACUCAAGUGCGAGAAGUGGAGCCGAGUGAGCAAUGGCAGGGUAGCCUGCUCCUCGUCCCUUUCCACAGAGGACUGCAUUACCUCCGUCAUGAAAGGGGAUGCUGAUGCCAUGAGUUUGGAUGGAGGGCUUAUCUACAUUGCUGGCAAGUGUGGUUUGGUGCCUGUCCUGGCAGAGAACCAGAAAUCCUCCAAAAGCAGUGGCUCUGAUUGUGUGAAUAGACCAGCGGAAGGGUAUUUUGCUGUGGCAGCAGUUAGAAAAUCGGAUGCUGGCUUUACCUGGAACUCUCUGAAAGGCAAGAAGUCCUGCCACACAGCCGUGGACAGGACUGCAGGCUGGAACAUCCCAAUAGGCCUGAUUGCCAACCGGACGGGCUCCUGCAAGUUUGGAGAAUUCUUUGAUCAGAGUUGUGCCCCUGGGUCUGACCCCAAAUCCAAUCUCUGUGCUCUGUGUGUUGGUGAUGAGAACGGUGAGAACAAGUGUGCAGCCAACAGCAGGGAGAGAUACUUCGGCUACACUGGGGCUUUCAGGUGCCUGGCUGAGAAGGCAGGAAAUGUUGCAUUUUUGAAGGACUCCACUGUCCUGCAGAACACUGAUGGUUUAGGUCAUUGUCCCAAGGUUCUCUUUGGAAGAAAUGGAUCUAGGUGCCCAAGAGAGUUUUGCCUGUUCCAGUCUAAAACCAAAAACCUCCUGUUCAAUGACAACACGGAGUGUCUGGCCAAACUCCAUGGCAAAACAACAUAUGAAAAGUAUUUGGGAGAGAAAUAUGUCACUGCCACUGCUAAUCUGAAACGAUGUUCAUCCUCCCCACUCCUGGAAGCCUGCGCUUUCCUCAUGAAGUGAGCACUUAGAAAAUGGUCCAGCCUUCCCAGGGAGCCUCAGCCCCAGUCCCUGGGGUCUUGCUGAGAGUGAGCUUUGCCAGUCAUCUGUUCUAAUUCCCUGCUGUCAUUUUAGGAAGAAAUAAAAUGAGAACUAUUUAGUUUUCUCUUCAUAUAAA